AUGGAGACUAUAAAAGAGACUAAUACUUCGACGGCCCAAGAAAAGGCAAAAUCGGUGAUCUUCCUUAGAAGACACCUGGAUGAAAGUGUCAUAUAUGACUAUGCACACAUGAGAGAUCCUAAAGAACUCUGGAAGUCCUUGAAAGAUCGUUUCGAUCACCAAAGGGACAUCACUCUCCCACUUGCCCGGGAUGAAUGGCAAAGUCUGAGGUUCCAAGACUUUGACAAGGUAAUGAACUACAAUUCUGCCAUGUUGGGAAUUGUAGCCAAACUGAGAUAUUGUGGUGAAACCAUAACUGAAUCUCAGAUGCUUGAGAAAACGUACACCACGUUUCAAAAGAACCAUAUUACCUUGCAACAACAUUAUAGGUUACGUGGAUACACCAAAUUCUCAGAUUUGAUUGUGGCGCUCCUAAUAGCUGAAAAGAAUAAUGAGCUCCUCAUCAAGAAUCACAUGUCCCGACCCACCAGAUCAAAAGCAUUCCCUGAGAUUAAUGCAUUGGAUGUUAAAAAUCCGGUAAGAGAAAACAAAACAUUUUGGGGACGUGGUCGCCGAAACUAUCGCGGACGUGGAAGAACGUCAUACCAAUGGAUUCGUCCUGAUUCAAAAGGAAAAGAAAUCCAAGCAAAUACACCCCAAAAACGUGAGAGUGCUUGUUUCAGAUGUGGCACUGAGGGACAUUGGUCUCAGGUAUGUCGGACUCCUGCGCACCUUUGUGCUCUGUACAAAGAAUCCACUAAGGGAAAAGAAAAGGAAGUGAACCUCGCGGAACAUUCUGAGGGUACAACCCACCUUGAUGCUUCUGACUUUGAAAACGAUUUCGAUGAGGCUACCCCCGUUGAAAACUGA